UAUGUUCGUCGUAGAAGGAAGGUGCUUCAUCAGGAGGGCAAGGGUAUGUCAGGUGACCAUGUAAUGAAUUUUUUUUUCAUACAAGAAAGUGGUAUCAAGAGUGACCGCUAUCACUUUCGUUUCACCAGGAAAUUUGAAUACAUCAGCAAUGCUUGUACUGGUGUUUAGUGUUUGCGUAAACACUCGUUGCAGAUUUCCUGAAGUGGAAAAUCUCCUGAAAGGCCAUGUAGAUAAAGGCUUGCAGUAAAGAGCUGCAGAUGCGCCGGCGGGCACAGCAGGAGCAAGGCAAAGACCAGAGUGAGAGACAACAGGAAAGCAAGGGAUCAAGAUCUGAUCACAUCAUUCCACUGGGUCAAAAGCCCAGCAUUUCAGGAGGAAGAGUUCCAGUCUUUGUAUUCCCUGCAGAGCUUGCCUUUUAUGCCAGUGACCAAACAAGCCACAAGCAAGUCUUGACCAUCUACAACCCAUACCGAGCUGUACUCAAAUUCAAAGUACUGUCCACUGCACCAAACAAGUAUACAGUGAUUGAUGCUGAAGGCUAUGUGAAGAAACAGUCCUGUAUUGACAUUGUAAUCCGCCACAGAGAUAUUAGUGCUUGCCACUAUGGGGCACCCGACAAGUUUCGGAUAGAAGUAUUUGAAGAAGGCAACCAGAAACCUCUUGGCUGGAAGACUGUUUCUUCUGUCUUACUCCCUGCAAGAAAGGGGGAGAGCCCUGCGGAUAGGAAGAGAACACGAGUAACUACUGGUGAACGGUCUACAUGGAACUCUGCAUCUAUUGUUCCUGUUCGGCGAGGGUACGCUACCCCACCUCUUGUUCUUAUCCUGCUGGUGGCACUGAUAUGCAUUACUGUCUUAAUGCUGCCCCUUCAGGGGGACAGCAGCACCUUGGUUCCCAAGUACCUUCAUGUCACAGUUAUCCAGAAACUUGUUGCAGCGUAUGUGCUAGUCUCCUCUGACAAAUCUUUGAAGCCUUUGGAAAAGGCUAGUAGGGCACUCAAGAGAACUGGAGAGAAAGUCUAUUGUUUCUACUUUAGCCUUUACGGGCCAUCAGUUACUAUGUCUACAUCAGCUGACAAGCCUGGCCAGUGA